AUGGCCUUUUCUCUUGAGCCACUACUCAUUCUUCUUGGGCUUUGCGUCUCAGUGACGACGAUGUUGAGCAGUGAAGCGCAGCCGCUUCGAGUGGGGUUCUACUCAGAUACAUGCCCGGACGCAGAAUCCAUCGUGAGCACCGUCGUAAACGGCGCCGUUUCUUCCGACCCCAACAUGGCCGCCAUCUUGCUCAGACUUCAUUUCCAUGACUGCUUCGUCGAGGGGUGUGAUGGCUCGAUACUGAUAGAGAAUGGGGAGAAAUCGGAGAAGAACGCGUUCGGGCAUCAAGGAGUGAGAGGAUUUGAUGUGAUUGAGAGAGCCAAGGCGCAGUUGGAAGCCACGUGCCCUGGUGUCGUUUCGUGCGCUGACAUUGUCGCUUUGGCUGCCAGAGACGCCGUCUUCUUGGCGAAUGGGCCAUCAUACAGAGUAGCAACGGGAAGAAGAGAUGGGUUGGUGUCCAACGUAUCGCUGGCAGAUGAUAUGCCGGAUGUCUCGGACUCCAUCUUCCAACUCAAAGCCAAAUUCCAAAACAAGGGACUCUCUGACAAAGACCUUGUCCUUCUUAGUGCUGCACAUACAAUAGGCACCACAGCCUGCUUCUUCAUGACCAGAAGACUCUACAACUUCAUGCCGGGAGGCGGAUCCGAUCCAUCAAUCAGCCCAGAAUUCCUGCCGGUGCUGCAAUCGAGGUGUCCGAAGAACGGCGAUGUCAACGUCCGGCUAGCGAUGGAUGAAGGGAGCGAAAGAGAAUUCGACAAGCACAUAUUGCAGAACAUAAGGCAAGGAUUUGCAGUGUUGGAGUCCGAUGCAAGGCUGGCUGAUGAUGAGAACACAAGAAGUGUGAUUGACUCAUACUUUGAUCCAAUGUUUGGAGCAUCUUUUGAGUCUGAGUUUGUUGAUUCUAUUGUGAAGAUGGGUCACAUUGGGGUCAAGACUGGUUCACUUGGAGAGAUUAGGCGUAAAUGUUCUUCAUUUAAUUAAUUAAUUAAUUCAGCUUCAUUAAGAUCUAUAAUUUUCUCUCUAGUUUUCUAGGUUGAAGAGGAUUUAAGUUGAUGAUUAUGGCCUUAUUUUUAAUUAUUAUUAUAUGUA